AUGAAGAGCAUACCCUUGAUCAUCAAUUGGCAUGACCAGAAUGCCCCCAUCUACUCUGCACACUUUGAGCCGCACGGCAAGGGCCGUUUGGCGACGGCCGGCGGCGACAACAACGUCCGGCUCUGGAAGGUUGAAAACGAUGGCGAGAGCAGAAAAGUCGACUAUCUGUCGACCCUAGUGAAGCACACACAGGCCGUCAAUGUGGUCCGAUGGAGCCCAAGAGGCGAGCUGCUGGCCUCUGCUGGCGACGACGGCAACGUCAUCCUCUGGGUGCCCUCGGAGACACAUCACCCGACCUUUGGCAACGACGGCAUCGAGGACAAGGAGAGCUGGCGGACAAAGCAUAUGUGCCGCUCCUCCGGCGCCGAAAUCUACGACCUGGCGUGGUCGCCCGACGGCAUGUACUUUAUCAUCGGCAGCAUGGACAACAUUGCCCGCAUCUACAACGCCGCCACAGGCUCGCUGGUCCGCCAGGUCGCCGAGCACAGCCACUACGUCCAGGGCGUCGCCUGGGAUCCUCUCAAUGAAUACAUCGCCACGCAGUCGUCCGACCGCUCCGUGCACAUCUACUCGCUGAAGAACAAGGACGGCCAGUACAUUCUCAAUGGGCUCGACGACAAGACGACCAAGGUGGCCAACCACAGCAAAGCCGACCUGCCGCCGCGCCACCUCGCAUCCCACAGCCCCGCGCCCUCGGACAUCACCACGUCUCAUCGCUCGCAGCUCGCGGCCAUUGACGCCGUCGGCAUUGGCGCUGGCCCGACGUCCAUCAGCUCGCCUGUCCCCUCGGCGCCGGGCACGCCGACGUCGUUUGCCCUGCCCAUGAACCCGCCCAGCGUGGUAAGCCACAGCCGCCGCUCGUCAUUCUCCUCACGACGGUCCGUAUCGCCGGCCCCGUCGAUGCCGCUGCCAGCCGUCAUGCCCAUGGAAGCCUCGCCCAAGCCGCAUACGACGGCGUCGAGCAUCGCCAUGCGGAAUGCGAGCCUCUACGCCAACGAAACGCUGACGUCCUUCUUCCGCCGCCUGACCUUUACGCCCGACGGCAGCCUCCUCCUCACGCCGGCCGGCCAGUACCAGACACAGCACCAGGCCGAGGGCGCCACCAAGCCCACUUACGAAGUCACCAACACCGUCUACAUCUACUCACGCGGCGGCAUCAACAAGGCCCCCAUCGCCCACCUUCCGGGACACAAGAAGCCCUCUGUGGCUGUCCGCUGCUCGCCCGUCAUCUACACCCUUCGCCAGUCCACGGCACCGCCAACCAAGCACAUUACCAUCGACACGUCCUCGUCCGAGGAGCCCAUCCCGUCCCUCCCCGAUCCCAUCACCAAGCCUGCCUCUGCAGCUGGCACUCCUUCGGUCAUGGAUCCGCCGCCACCACCAAGGUCAACCGCAAACGAUGGUCAAGGCACGGAGUCGACCGCCUCCGCUGCUGCUCCGGGCACAUCGAGCUCGGCAACCACCACAUCCACGACCACGACCACGACGGCAACGACGCCGGGGCCCAAAUCUGUCUUUGCUCUAGGCCAUCGCAUGAUUUACGCCGUUGCCACGCAAGACUCUGUGCUUCUGUACGACACACAACAGCAAUCGCCCAUAUGUGUGGUCAGCAACCUGCACUGUGCCACGUUUACCGACCUGACUUGGUCGAGCGACGGCCUGACGUUGCUUAUCUCUUCGUCAGACGGUUUCUGCUCGACGCUUUCGUUUUCGCCGGGUGAGCUGGGCGCGCAGUACACGGGCGACCUGACGGUCCUCUCGAACCAAAAGCGGGCGGGAUUCGGGGCCGACGACCGCUCCUCCGCCUCGGCUCAAACCACUCCCAUUCCUACACCGACCGCCGUGUUUGCACCGCCGUCACCCUAUACGCACCAGCACCGCAACUCGGCCAGCUCGUUCUCGGCGCCCUCGCCACCACCUACAGCCUCCUUUGUCAGCAGCGGCCGCCCGUCGUCUCCGGCACGGUCCAACUCCACCUCGUCUGUCAUCACUCAGCCCGGCACCGUCGUCCCCAUACCGUCGGCCUCCACCACAAAUACCGGCACCGGUGGGCCUGGAUCCGUCAUCAACAACCCGCCCCUCGUCGUGGGCACAAUGCCCAGCCUGGCCGCUGCCUCGCCCAGCAACAGCACCAUCAUUGCCGGCCUUGCCAGCCUCAAGGCGCCGGUUGUGUCCAGCGGUGGUGGCGGCGCCAAUGGUGGUGGUGGUGCCGCCGCCACCCCGCCCGAGACGCCGCGCAACCGAGCCAACAGUGCAACGAGCAGCAUUGCCGGCAGUGUUGCCGGGAGCGUGGCGGGCAGCGUCGUGGGCGUGCCGCCGGCUGUGUCGGCGGUGCCUCCCUCGUCUGCUUCGGCUUCGGGCACAAAGCGCGAUGCUUCCGCCAUUGUCGCCUCCAGCAGCGAAGGUGACGGCAAAGAGGAGCCGACCAAGAAGCGCCGGAUUGCACCGACGCUGGUGAGUGGGCUGGGCGGCGGUAGCAGUGGUGAGGGAUCCAGCUCUUAA